AUGAUAAUACGAUCGUUACUAAAACGACAUAGGAGCUCACCAAAACCUUUCGAUCUUGUUGAAUGGUGCAUCGUAAACCCGGGUUUCGCAAACGUCUAUACUCAUAAAUUGAAGUCCCAGGUGCUCCCAAUAAAGUCACUAGUAUCUGCAGUUGGAUUUAAGGACAGCAGUGAACCCCGUGCAUUAUCAUCUCUGUUUGUUCCCCUGGUUUCAUUAAAUCACGAACACAAGAAGUAUAAACUGGAAUCUUUUUCAGAACUAGAAGACUUGGUGUUUGACAAUACUAAAGUUGAAGAGCUUAGACUGCUUCUAGAGAAAGACACGAUCAACGAAACUCAGGCUACAUUCAUAGUUCGUCAUUUUUCAAAUCUAAUUGAUAUCGUUAGUGGGUAUUCCAAUGAAAGAUAUUUCCAAUUGAUUUGCGAUAUAUGGCAAACAUCUUUCCGUCGAUCUUCUGGAAACAAAGCUGCCGCAUCCUUACAAACCCAGCUAUUUAAUUCCAAGGACAAGUUCGUCCAUAUACUAAUGAAUCAUGGAGAAUACUCGUUUUACGAGAACCAUGUGCGGCCGUUAUACCUUUUACCAGCUUACCGCUCUUUACCAACAUGGGCAGAUACUCUAGCAACUACCAUCCAGUUCACAUUAUCACGCAAGGGAGAAAUCCAGGUCAACAUAUCAUCCAUAUCUCGGUUUCUUACCGGCAGUUCACACAGUUUAAAGCAGAAAAGAUUACUUUUGGCGAUCAUGCUACGCAAAUGUAUCUUGUACUCGCCAAGAGAUCAUCGAUAUACCUAUGCUUCGACAUUUUUUGCCCUUCUCUCGAGUGUGGGAGAUGAUCAUUUAGACUUACGGAAACCCGAGCAUUCUGUUUAUGACAAAGCUUUGAGGCUACUUUUCACCCCAGCAAGAAACACAUCUCUUGACAUGCAUCUACAAAAUAUACUAACGAGGGUCAAACCUCAAUCCUCAGAGCUAAAGGCAAACCUCCUUACAACAGCCAUGAGCUCGCUAAUAUCUUUCAGUCCCAAAUCUGUGCUAGAAUUAUGGAAGCUCAAGCAGUCUUUACACUUACCGUUAUCCGAAGAUGAUUUAACACUUUCCAUGAGAGCUCUUUUUGACUUAAAACUAUAUGACGCAGUUACUGACCUUUACAAUCGCCAUGUCGAAUUGCACCAUGAUGAUCAAAUCAGCGUAUUUCUCAAGAUCUGUGAAGAAACAAAGGAUUGGAAAGGUCUUCAGAUCAAGUUCGAAGAGAUGUAUGGUAAGGGCUAUUUGCCUUACGAAGUACAUUAUGCGCUCGUUAUGAAUGCUUUGGCUUCGAUAGGAUCCGUUCUGGAAGUCAAACAAUUGUAUGAGCAGUUGCAGAAGAGACAACUUCCUCCAAGUUCGAAAGUGUUUGCAGCGCUUAUCAACGCUCAUCUUUUCAGUGGUGAUAUUGAGAGUGCGACGAACGAGUUUGAGAAUGUCCUUGAACAUGCGGGGGAGUUGAACUUGAACAGUCAAUCCUCGUCAUAUUUGUCUACCCUAAUUGUUAAAAUACAGUCAAAAUCUCACAAUCUUCCCAAUCAGAUGCGAAUACUUGAAAGAUGCGUUGAACGGCAGAAGGAGCUUGGUCUUGAACUAGUGGACGAAGAACACUUGAAUGUGGUUCUCAACUUAGCGGGAACAUUGUUUUCCCCUAAAGAUGUUGAGCGUAUACGUGAAAUCGCAUCUGACUUGGACAUGAGUUCAAGUACUAUUUUGACAUCUUUGAUGAGGGUAUACACUCAUCUUGAGCAAUUCGAAAAAGCAGAAGAAAUCGCCUAUGAAGCACACCAAGAAUCCACUGUUCCGUUCACCAACGCUUCUGUUUAUAAAGCACAAUUGAGAAAUUAUCGUCAAUGGUAUCUCUCAGACCGAACUCGUGAGACUCGAAAUUUCCUAAGCGAUCGGAUUGAAACAUUAAUCGCUCGUUUCGAAGGUGGUAAAAUCAGGAUCGAAGGAGCAGAUGGUUUAAUGAGCGAAAUUGUCAAGGUUUACCUCAUGAAUAACAAGCUAGCUGAAGCUGAAAACAUUUUUAACCGGGCAAAACUGGCGGCAAUGUUAUCGGAGAACAUUAUCGUUCCAUUCAUGAAAUUCUAUUCCAAGGAGAAAACAUACGAAGGCUUUUCCAAAGUGCUCGAUCUCUAUCGACAAAUGGCUUCACUCAAGAUUGAGAUUAGCACAAGGUCAUAUGUCCAUUUGAUGGAGGCUUUACUUUACCUCGAUGGAAAAAGUGACAAUGGCUUGAGUAACUCGUUUAAGCUUUUGGAAUCUGUCUUUGAACUCAAUGGCAUAAAGCUUGAGAACGCUGCAAGAUCACGAAUUCUGGUCGAGCAGGCUCAUGAUAAUGCCGUCAAUCUAUGCAAAAUGGUGACACUCUAUGUCAUGGCUAACCAGGAAUCAUCUGAAGAAUCCAGUACAUUACUCUUUGAUUUCGUCAACUUUAUGCGUGGCAUACUAGGAGAGAAUUUUUCAAAUCAGUUCAGAUUCACCAUCUUUAAUCUGUUGGGAAGGCUUUACUUGCUUCAAGGAAUCCCCGAACUCACAUCUCGUCUUGUAAAAAGUGGUCUUGGAGAAUUGCAGGAAAAGAUAAAAACGUACAUUAAUGAUUUUCCAUAUUCCCCGGAAGUUCUUAUACCGCAAGCAUUACAAAGAGAAUACCGCCAAUUAACCGGGCUCAAACUAAGGUUGCUUGAAAACAACAAACAAACAGAUGUUCAGGAAUAUUUGGAUCUUUAUACUCAAGCAGCAGCCCUUCAAAUCAAGUUGACAGGUCAACAAUAUAAUGAGCUUUUAGAGCACAUUACCGCAAACGAAGAUCAGGUUUAUCUCUUCGAGAGUUUAGAAAUGUGUGAAGAACAUUUGAUAAGCGGAAACUGGCUUGAAGCCAAGCUCAUGAGAAAGAGGCAAUUCUUGUAUAAAGUGGUCAUUUGUCAUUACCUUGAUGCUUUAGGUGAGGAAGCAGUUUUGAGAAACUUCAAAAUCUUGAAUGCUUACUACAAUGUUCUUGACUUGAAACAACUCAGGCAAGAGUUCCACGACGUUAAAGAUCCUUUGAGCUUUUUGGAGCUGGAGUUGAAGGAAAUCAACCAACAAGUUGAUAGAAAUUCUGAUUGGACAGUCGACAGCAUUUUAUCCAACCUUCCCGAAUUUUUCAGUCCUGAGAAACAAAUUACAUCUCGCUACAAAGUGGUUCCUCAUCUUCUUAAUCGUCUUUUGUUGGCGGUGAAGAGACAUUGUGGACCUGAUAAUAUGGUAGCCUUCAAAUUAAUGGACGAGUACCCAGAGACUAUGGAGUAUCUUGUUUAUCAUGAAUCUAACAGCUUGAGACAUGGGGUGUUCAGAGCAAUGAUUGACGAGGUACUUCCGCCACGAAAAAGCGAAGACUAUAAGGCCCGUUGUGAUAGAACAUACGAGGCAUUAAGUCACCUAAAGUCACUUCACGUAACUUACAAAAUAUAG